UUUGUGCGGCCAAACCCUUGCUGCCUGUCCAGACGUGAGGCGAGUGGUGAAGAACCAAGUCCUCAGAAAGCAGAUAGAAGAAGAAGAAGACUUGCGUGGAAGUUGUGGAACUGCGACCAAGAAAUUUAGUGGAUAUUCGAGUGACUGUGAUACAGAGAGAAGACUGAACUCUGAAGACUGAAGAGGUCGCGGUUCCAAAUUGUUUUGCCAAUCAGAAUACUUUCAGUGAACCGUCGUUACUAUCUUCUAAAAUAAGUACAUAAUCAUCGUCCUUGAAGCACCAUCGUCAUUAUGGAUGAAGAAGUUGAAGAGCUUCCCAUUGAUAUACAUCUAAACAAGCUGGUGCACUUCAUAGUAUCACGUCAGCAUGCCAAGAAAGACUGGGCAGAGACUACACGGGUUGUCCGAGAGCAAAUUAAUGCAGCCAUUCAAGACAUGCCAGAACAUCCUGAAAUUCUUAAACUUCUGUCAGGAACAUAUAUCAACUACUUUCACUGUUUAAAAAUUGUAAAAAUUCUCAAACAAACAGAAGCUGACUCCAAAAAUAUAUUGGGAUGGUACACAUCACAACGAAUGAAGGACUGGCAAGCUGUGGUGAAGCAGUACGAGAAAGGUGGAGCAUAUCUUGCUGAGAGCGGCCAUUUACUGCAUCAGUAUAUUGCUCAUGAAAUACCUGGUAUUCAGGGGCAGUUGAGUCGCUGCACUCAAAUUCAGCAGGAGUGUGACAAAAGAGAAGCAGACCUGCACAAAAUGGCGCAGAAUUCACAAAAGGCCUACCAGAGACAGUGCAAGCAGCUGGGCAUUGAGGGCAUUGAUGUAAGGAGAGAACUCAUAGAUCAGCUCAAAGAGCUGCCUGCUGAAUUGAAGCGUAUAGGACAAACUUUUUCUGAAGUGUCAAGUGCUGCUAAGUUCUACCUUUCUUUUGUUGCUUUCACUUGUGAUGGAAAAUACCAGGACAGCCUAACUAUGCUGCUUUACAUUGCUGAGCAUGGAGAUGUGACUACCUACCAAUACCUUCAUGGCGAAGAGCCUCUGUCUAUUGAGAGCCCCUUGGACUCCCUCCUUAGUUCUACACAGCAAAGCAAGGGAGACGCCUUGGGUGAUGCCGAUGCUGGUGGCAUUGACUUUGGUGAUGCCGAUGCUGGUGGCAUUGACUUUGGUGAUGCCGAUGCUGGUGGCAUUGACUUUGGUGAUGCCGAUGCUGGUGGCAUUGAAUUAACAAGCAACAGUGCUGCAGAUGGUGCCAUUGAUUUUGGGGAUAAUGACGGCGGUGAAAUAGAUUUUGGUGACCACCAAACAAGUGACAUCAAACUGGGCGAUGCAGAACAGAUCGACUGGAGCGCUGCAGACAUCGCCGACAUUACAGUGGAGGCGAGUGGAGUUUCUGGUGGAGUGGCCAGAGGUUCAGAAGCCUUAUCACUGCUUCUCAACCCCUCAACCAGGGUUAGGAUUCUCGCUAACCUAUAUGAGCUAGAGGCGUUCCUGGGGUACAGGCUCGUGGAGAUGACGAGCGCCGAGGAGAGCCUCGUCGCCCUCAACCUCUGGGAUGACGCCCCCAAGAACCUGCAGAUGGUCACGGCCAGCACGAUUGAGUCGCAGCUGAAGCUUGUGCAGAAAAUCAUAGCAGAUCUCACCACGCCCAAGAUCCUGCAGCUCUUUCUGAUCAGCGAGUCUCACCGAUACGUUGACCGGCUAACGGAGACGCUACGCAAGCUGGAGCAGCGCAGCGUCGUGUGCCCUGCGACGCUGGCUACACUGCAGCAGCGACGUCAGCACGCGCAGGAGCAGCAGCAGCAGCUCACCAAGAAGCUGCAGCAGACCAAGACGGCCGCUAAAAGCCUCGUGUUGCAACUGCAGGACGCCAUCAGCAGUAAAUAUAACGGCAGGAUGGUUAACAUCAUGGGCGCCAGACAGAAUUUAUAGGAGAAACCAAGACGGCCGCUAAAAGCUUCGUGUCGCAACUGCAGGACGCCAUCGGCAGUAAAUAUAACGGCAGGAUGGUCAACAUCAUGGGCGCCAGACAUAGAUAAUAAGAUUAACUUACUGGUAACUCACAUCGACGUUUGAGUUACAAUUCAUUUGUGCGCAAUGUUUAUCGGCCAUUAUCUUUUGAACGUUUUCUGCUUAAUAAAUCUGGAAUAUAUUAAUUUUGAUGUUCUAUUCAUGGCUUUAAGUUCAAUAUAUAGCAAUCAUUUCAUCGCCACAAUUUCGUUUAAUAUUGGCUAAUAUUGUUCCUCGAGGUCUUGUAAAUUGAUUCAAGUAUCAAUCGCAAAGUGAAGUCUAAAAUAAAUUUCUCUGAUUUGUUUUUCGUAAUGCAAGUAAAUUUUUAAACUGAACUCAGAUUUGUUGUGAUUCUAAGAUUUUCUUGAAAGAGAUAACUUAAUUGGUCCGUGGCGAAUCCUCAUAAGGAGUUGGUAAUAACUGAAGAUAUUGGGUUCUGUAAGCCUUCAUUAUUGGUACUCCUGAUAUAUUUUGCAAUGGCAGUCUUGAUCUGUGUCAUUAGAACAUAAAGAUUGAGAGGUAUGAAGAUUGUUUUGUUGUAUAUUUUUUUAAUGAGCGUAAGCAUUUGCUGGGAUUCUAUUUCAUGAAUGCAAUUUUUUCGAAAUGCGCACUAUAUCAAUAAAAAUUAAUAUUUUUAAUUUUCUGUCUCUGAAUAAGUAAUUUAUCAGAGAUAGAGCAGCUCAAAGUUCAUUCCUGAUAAGAUGUACUUGAAAUGCUCUCUGUUGCUCUUUUACUUGGCUAAUAUUUUGUAAUUACUACAAAUCUGUGUUCCUGUUGCCCCUGUUUUGCAGCAUGAAUUUGAUUGGUAUUCUUCCUGUGUAAAUCUAUUAUGAUGUUUUCAUGGAUUAAAUUUGGAAUGUAUUCUGUUGUACUUUUAGUUGAGACGUGUAUGCCGUUUUUAUUUUAACUUUUAUCGCAGAAUUUGUUUACGUUCACAGACAAAAUUUAGGUAGACAUUUUAAUAUUUGUUGUUAUUUAACGGAUAGCUUGGCUCUUCGUAAUGUUAAGGUUUAGCCGUUUGUGAUGACUGUCUUCGAAUUAUCUCUUCAAUAGCUUACGGUGGGACUGGUGUUCAUUUUUGUACUAAAUAAAUUACUGAAUCUGUU